AUGGCCGCGGACGGACCCAAGCCCGGUUUCCUUGGAAACAUCAACCAGGAACAGGAGGGCAAGUUGCAGAGACUAUGGAGCAUCCUUUUGAAGUCGGCUGAAAUGCCUUCUGGUGAUGAGUCUUCAAAUGAGUCUUCGAAUGGAUGUGUAGAGGAGCACGCUAGUCCCACCCAGCCUCAGCGACGCUCAUCUCUACUCGGUCGCACCCAAAGUAACAUUUCCGACAAGAGCGCCCCGAAAGCCACUUCAGUAUAUCAGCAAAAACUUAUGGCGUAUCUGAGGGAGUUGGGAAUCAAGCCUCAGGAGACCAAACAGGUCGAAAAGGCCCUCUCAGAGAUAAACCCCACUGAAUUACGCAACGGCGUCCUGGACACACUCAAGCAUGAUCACCCAGAUGCCAUGCUACUGCGCUUUCUUCGUGCUCGUAAAUGGGAUGUCCCUAGAGCGUUUUCCAUGAUGAUGGAUGCCAUCGUCUGGCGGGUCAAGGAGAUGCACGUGGAUGACGAGGUUAUGGCGAAGGGAGAACUCCAUGCUCUGAAGCAAGAGCGAAGCUCGAAUGUGGCUGAUAAGAAGGCUGGAAAAGACUUCCUGGCUCAGAUGCGCAUGGGCAAGAGCUACGUGCAUGGUACGGAUAAGUUGGGCCGGCCUAUUGUCGUCAUCCGGGUCCGUCUUCAUAAGCCCGGAGCCCAAAGCGAGGAAGCAUUGGAGAGGUAUAUCGUUCACGUCAUUGAGUCCGUGAGGCUCACCCUAUCUCCACCUGUCGAGACUGCCGCUGUUCUUUUCGACAUGACCGGUUUCUCUCUUUCCAACAUGGAAUACCCCCCCGUAAAAUUUAUCUUAAAGUGCUUCGAGGCAAAUUACCCAGAGUCACUGGGUAUCAUGCUGAUUCACAAUGCCCCUUGGGUGUUCUCCGGCGUUUGGAGACUUAUCAAAGGAUGGAUGGAUCCCGACAUUGCGGCCAAGGUUCAGUUUACAAACUCCGCGGCUGACCUUGAAAAGUUCAUCGCUCGUGAUCAGCUUUUGGAAGAGGUGGGUGGUGCAGAGAAGUGGAAGUACGAGUAUAUUGAGCCGAAAGAAAACGAAAAUGCCAUCAUGGAGGACACCACCACCCGUGACGCACUCGUUUCCGAGCGACAGCAGAUUGGCGAGGAGUUUCUUGCAGCAACUUCCGAAUGGAAUGAGGCUACAAAGUCGAAUGAUAAGAGCAAGAUUCAAUCAGCCGAGAGUCAGAGGGCUUACCUCGCUGAAAGACUGCGGGUCAACCACUGGAAGUUGGACCCAUACGCACGCGCACGUCUUUGUCUUGAUCGAAUGGGAGUCAUCCAGAAGGACGGGAAAAUUGACUUUUACCCCAAUGAGACAGUUGUGGAGGAGAAGCCCCAAGAAACGAGCAAAACAUCAGGCACCCAGCAUCUGGAAAGCGUGAACGGCAAUGGAGCGCAGGUGUUUGCUUCUUAG